ACAGGCAUUCAUCUCUAAUGGAGGUAUUAGUAAUCUAUUUACAUAUGUUAGGUUUACUUUCAAAACAUGCCCACCGACUACCAUAAAUCUUGCACAUCAAUCUUAGUGAGGUUCAUCACAGAUCAUCAGCAAUUUGUAAAUGCUGAUUGCAUGGGAGCCCCACAAACCCUAAGUCCUAAUAAUGACAUGAAAAGGACACAGAAAAGUAGGGAUCAGAGGUCCCCUUUUUGAAAUUCCAAAGGAAAAACAAGAAAGCAGAGCUUUAGAAGUAAAGGAAAAAUGAUCAGAGCUUUGGAAAGAAUAGUAAAGGAAAUAAAUGUGAGAGAUUUUAUAGUUGGACAUUGCAUUUCACAUGAACCUUCUAUGAUCCACAUUGAGGGCUCCUAAAGUCUAUGUGGUCAGGCUGCCAUCAGUUUUAAGAUUCUCUUUUUACAAGGGAAAGAUUUAGUUGUGAGAAUCCAUGGCCCUAGUAUCUGCUAGAUGGCCAACUUUGAUUUUAAUAGGGUUUUUGAUACUUAAUAUUCAGUCAGUUGCUGCAAUCAAACCACUGGUACCAGCUCUUCUAGUCUUUGGGGACUCCACCUGUGACCCAGGCAAUAACAACUAUAUUCAGACAGCUCUCAAGAGUGAUUUUCCUCCAUAUGGGAGGGACUUGGCUGAUCAUCAAGCUACAGGGCGCUUUUGCAAUGGAAGACUGGGUAUAGAUUUUAUUGCUGAGGGACUUGGCCUCAAGAAGACAAUACCUCCAUACUUGGAUCCUCAUCUCAGUCCUCAUGACUUGGUGACUGGUGUGAGCUUUGCAUCUGCUGGAACUGGAUAUGACAACAUGACUGCAUCUAUUUUGAAUGUUAUACCCCUGUGGAAAGAAAUAGAGUAUUUCAAGGAGUACCAAUUCCGUUUGAAACAAAUGUUUGGGGAAAAGAUAGCAUCAAUCGUUAUAAACAAAGCCCUAUAUCUUGUAAGUGUAGGGACCAAUGAUUUUAUAGAGAAUUACCUACAAUUUCCCAACCGUAGGUUACGAUUUAGUCCUUCAGAGUAUGUGGACUUCAUAGUUGGCAUAGCAGGCAACUUCUUUGAGGAGCUUUACAGACUUGGGGCUAGAAGGAUAUCUGUGGCUAGCCUAUCACCCAUGGGCUGCUUGCCUAUGUUAAGAUCCAUGAAUUUAUUUGAGCCUGGCCAAUGCAUGGAGGAUUACAAUGAUAUUGGACUCCAAUAUAAUGCGAAACUCCAAACCACCAUUGAAAACCUGAGACAUAAGCUUCCAGGGCUUCUAAUUUUGUUCAGUGAUUCCUAUCAACUUACUUAUGAAGCUAUAUACAAUCCUUCCAAAUAUGGAUUCGAGGAAGCAGAAAGAGCGUGCUGUGGAUCAGGGACAAUUGAAUUGGGAUACCUGUGCAAUGAAUUGAUCCCAUCUUGCAGUGAUGCAUCCACCUUUGUGUUUUGGGACUCUGUUCAUCCAACUGAAAGAUUUUAUGAGAUUGUUGCAAACAAUAUGCUCCAAAGUAUUCGAAGGCUACCACUUUAAUUACAGAAUGGGAAUUUUUGUCCUCGCCACAGAAGGUACUAGUCUGAACAGAUGUAAAUAGCGCUUCCAACUAAGUUGAGCUGUAAAUUGACACGUUGGUCAUUUGGGAAGACAGAAGUUUUUAUUUCCCUUCACGUACCUGUAGAAGCUGAUGGAAAGGCCAUUUAAGUCGAAGUCAUGGGGAAUUUAUUAGUCCGUCACUCAGGGAUAUACCUAUAGCGAGCCCAUAAGCCUAUUAAACUUCUCUUUCAAAAUAGUUUUAAACUAUUUUAUAUUAUCUUUAAGUGUCAUAACUGAUAAAUCAAUAUCAAGUUUCUGUCUAAACUGAUUAAGACUA